AUGGUGAUGUCGAGAAACUUAUCGAAAGAAAGAAAGUUUGAGGAUAAUGAAGUUCAAAGGGACAUAAAACUUGUCCUAUACGAGAUUAUGAAUAAGGAUGGAAAGCCUUAUAUUCGGGUGAAGAUUAAGGAUGGAGAGAUUAAGAAAAAGCAUGAUAAGGAUGCCCGCAAGUUCAACGGGGCUCUUGGCAAGAUCAAGAGAGAAUGUGAGCAUGCCAAGAGAGCUCUCGUAGCUCGACAUUAG